GCCGGAAUAGACGCUAUCUCCCGCCAUUUUUCGAUUGCAUAAGAUUAUUUUUUUCAAGGACCCGCAGAACUAACCCCGCAUCCAGGCCCAGCCGAACCAGCCCACGGCUAAUUAGUGCCUCUGGUGUUGGGGAGAGAGCUGGGCGGUUUAAGUGCUCGAACCUCCUGGGGAGAAGGUGAUUUUAACAUGCUCUCUCACAAGAAGAGGCCGGCUGAAGUUCACUGCGAUCAGUGGGUGCUCGUUGCACCAGAAUCUGUUACUGAUCUUCCAAGAAAGACUGAGAAUGGACCUGUGUUUACAAGGCUGCAUAACCCAUGUACAGGGGACGCAGCCCUUUACUUGUUUGAUACCAAUGCGCAACAGCUGUUUGAAGUAAAAGCUUUCCAUGAAGAGUACCGUUCUUGGUUUAUAGGUCAGACAGUUCAGCACGAUGGCCGCCUUUUACUUGUAACGCCAAUGGACCCUUUGUUUAUGGUUCUCUACUACCUUAUAAAGGCUGAGAAAGAGCAAGGGAAGUUUCAGCCACUGGAUCAGGUUGUGGUAGACACAGAGUUUCCUAGCUGUUCCAUGCUCUUGCAGUGUGCCAGACUCAGACCAUUUCUUCACCAUGUGACAGAGGAAAAAGAAAUUGGAGAUAAGAAGUUUUAUAAGUACAGCAAGGAGAAAACAUUGAAGUGGCUGAAUAAAAAGGUGGAUCAAACCGUGAGAGCUUUAAAAAUCGACAACAUAAAUGUAGGUGCCCGAGUACUAUUGGCCAUGUUUAUCCCAGGUGACCAGGGCUCUGAUGUCAAAGAAGAAGAUUAUAUCCGUUAUGCUCAUGGCCUAAUAUCUGAAUAUAUACCUAAGGAAUUAAGUGAAGACUUGGCUAAAUACUUAAAGCUUCCAGAACUUUCUGCUUCAUUGCCUGAGCCUCCAUUAAAGAUGGCCACAACAAGAAGAAAGAGGAAUAAGGCAAAGACUCCAUAGGAAUCCUGGCUACAUUCUUUGCUCCUUCAGCCACGACUUUUUCUUCUAAGUCUUCCAUAAAAUCAACAUAUUAAGGGUGGGAAGAGGGAGGAGAGGCAGGCCAGAUAUUUUAAAACUAACAAACUUUAUCAGAGACUUCAUUCUGGGAUCUGGUUUUAUACUGUAUUCAGCACUUUAUAGUCUAUUUUAGAUGUUUCUUUAUGGAAGAGUCAAUCCUGCCUUGUGACUGUUUUCCCUAAAGCUAACAGGCUCUGCUGACGUGAUCCUCCCACAAAACCUGAAAGCAUUUCAGGAGGGUCUCCUCUGUGUGCAAACACAGCUCAUCUCAGAGGCUUUUGUGGACUAUAAUCAAAUGGGAAAGUGGAAAAGUGGAAUUUCCAGACCCUUCUUUUAUCUUCUUAAAAAACAAAACAAACAAACAAAAAAACCCCCGCACUGUACAGCUUAUUACCUCCAAGUUUAAAAUGGCAGCCUUGGAAAAAGCUCACUGUAAAAUUUGAGUUGUUUAAAUACCUUUGUAAAAUAGCCUGUUUUGCAUUGUUUUCCCUGGGGUUGUGUCAGCCACUCCAUGAUAUAUGCCUUUUUCCAGGUAUGUAUAGAGCAUCUCUAAGCACUUGAUUCCAGGCUAAAAUCUGUGGUGAACUAAGUUUCAACUCAUAGUUUAAAAAAAAAAACAAAACCUCCAACACACCCCCAAACCAGAAAAAUCAACCCAAAAAAUAUUUGACCCUUGUCUGCCCCAUAUCAAUUUGGCUGUUUCAAAUUUAUAAAGAUACCCAAACAUGUGCAUUUUAUAGUCUCUAAGAGCUAUAAACAUGGCUUCAUUUUUAAGAGAUUUGUCCGGUAUGUGUAUUUUCGUUGAGGAGGAAGGAGGUGGGGAACAGUGGGCGGAGAUGAAGCCAAGGAAUAAUUGGCUUGGAAUUUCAGCAUAUCGGGAAUACAUCUGAAGGGGAAUGAAUGGGUAUUCAUGCACAAAUGUCAUGAUGUUUUGGUUAGCAGCCACUCGACAUGUAACAAGACCGAGAUGACUCUUGAAGGAACUGGGAAAUGUGGGACUGGAGCUCAGAGGAUCAGUUGGGGCUGGAUAUAUUGGUUGGGUGGGAGUGGGGAGGAGAUAGAAAGGAGCCUGAAGAAAAGGAGUCAGGAGGGAACUUUCUUUAAAUACUUGAAGACCUCUCAUGUACAAGUGAGACUAACUUUCUUCUCUUUGGCUCUCCUAAUAAGGCAGAAACAGAAGUAGUUUGAAGCUCAAAAGAGUCCAUUUUGGACACAAUAUCGGGGGAAAAACAACUUCCUAACACUGAGAGCUGUCCAAAAGUGAAAUAAGCUGCCUUAGGAGGUGGUAGGUUCUCUCUCUUUGGAGACUUUUAAGUAAAAGCUGGAUCACUAUGUGAUAGAUCUAAUGGAAAUUCCUUGUAGGUAUGGUUUUUACAAGAUGGUUAUUAGAGUUCUUUCCAAUUCACAAACUCUGUGAUUUUGUGAACCCCUACAGGGAUGCUAUGGAAGCAGUCUUGGGGUGUGGGGGUGUCCCUUGUAGGAAACUGUCUUACUUCUUAAGCUUCCUUAGAAAUGUAGCUAUUACUCUGUCAGGUAAGUUGAACUUGACUCUGAGAAGUCACAUAUGGAUUUCUACUAAUUAUAUAUUUCCCUUCACCCUGUCUUAUAUUUUUCUUCUCUUAAUCUCCUUCACCUACUUAACAACUAAGUAGAAGGUGGCAAGAGAAGAGUGUGCAUAAUAUUUGUGAUGUAUAAAUGAUAUAUGUUUCUGCUCCCUUAAGUCUCUUUUUUAAAGUUUUAUUGUUUUCUUUUUAUUUUACAAAUAUUUACAGAUCACUCCCCUCCACUUUGUGAGAAGUCUCUUGUAACAAAGUAAAACAGUUAAGUAAAACUAAGAAUAUAGUCACCUCACAAAGAAGUGCAUGCAACAUUACACAUCUCUCUCACCUCUCUAUUUAAU